CAAUGGUCUCGGGACGACCACGAUCGGACGGCGGGACUGUACUAGUGGCUAACGACAAUUAAAAAACGGUGAUUCGAUGAUUGAGUGGGUCCCUUGCUACAGUGUCGUCGGCGUGCGCAGUUCUCCGGGGUCUUUUAUCUUCGGAUAAGUGAUCUUUUAUCUUCGAAGAAAGAAUCGGAGGAAGAAUAUCGUCACGAUAUCGAAUCAAAUAUUUCUCUGGAGCUUUCAAAGUGAAUUACUCUUACCGCCGAGUGAAACUCAGAAGAGAAUCUAAAAUAGUUAACACGUUAAGCGCCAUGAAAAUCUUAAGCGUUUUCCUGUAGAGUUCUUUUGCAGCAAAAUAAAGCAGGAAUUAUUAAUUACUUAGCGUUACAAUAUUUGCAUUAAAUUAUCAACCUAUCUACAUUAAACAUUUCAUUUCACAUCGUUUAUCUUGUAUGUUAUUGUUAUCAAGUCAGAAGCGUCAGUCGUGACACGGCUUAACGUGUUAAAAGAUUAACAUUAGAUUUACUGUUUGUUGCUUACUGUUUGUUCUAUUCUUAGACAAAUUAUCCGUUUUAGAUCUUAGAAAUUAGAGAUUUAAUAGUACAAUUGGAAUACCUGUUCGCAUAACUUUGUUAAUAAGAAUCAAGCUAAAGAUUUAUUAAUGCUUAUAGAAUUCAAUGCGAGUGACAACGACUUCUAGUGUUAACAAGGAACAACGCGGAGAAUAAUUGUUAUCUGAAUGCUCGUAGGAGUCAAAGUUUGAAAUACCAACGUUAAAAAUAACAGCAGCGGUCGAUGGUGAGGAACAGGGCGCGAUAUUGUUUGUCAAUUUCCCCGGGAUGUUGUCCGGUAACGUCCGUUAAUCGUGCAUGGUAAUUAUAUGUUAAUCGCGACGCCACUGUAAUCUGUGGAAAAUAAGAAGCCGGUGAAUCACGAAGCCGAAGGAAUUCUCCGUGGAGGAAAGUGGAAACCUGCAGCGCGGAGGGGUACGCAGCUUCUAGAUAACGGCAUAGUAAACGGUAUUCGAUCUUCUUCACGUGUAACGCCGGCCUGCAAUCAGCGUACAACUUUAGCUGUGAUUACCAGUGUACCGCAGAAUCUGUACGAUAGGGGAUCUCUUACCGGCGUUCGGCCAGCCGGCGGACCGAGAGGUGUGAAAGAUGAACGUCGCGCGGAGCGUGUUGAAAGCUGGCAAACGGAUCAAUCUCGACGGCGUUACCCUGCCGAGCCAACGAGCGCCCGGUUGCGGUUACGCAGGGGCGACGAGAAUCGACGAUCUGUCGAACAUCGCGAAGACAGCAGAUGGCGCUGCGCAAUCGAAGAUCGAAGCGAUCGAGAAAUCGCCGGAGAGGAACUACGGCGUUGCGAGCACCCCCGCCGCCGGAAACAGGCUGCAGGGGCCGCCGGAACCGCGGGGACUUCCUUUGUUCGGAACGCUGUUCUCAUUUCUGCUCGCCGGCGGCGCGAAAAGGCAGCACGAAUAUGUGGACAGGAGGCACGGGGAACUGGGCCCGGUGUACAGGGAACAGCUGGGACCCGUUUCGGCGGUGUUCGUCAAUUCGCCGACCGAGUUCCGCAGGAUCUUCCGGCUGGAGGGACCGGCGCCCAGGCACUUCAUACCGGAAGCGUGGACGCUGUACAACGAUAUACGGAAGUGUCGCCGGGGAUUACUGUUCAUGGAUGGAGAGGAAUGGAUGCACUUCCGUAAAAUAUUGAAUAAAGUGAUGCUAGUACCAGAUCCAUCGAAUUUAAUGACUGGUCCCUGCGAGAAGGCGGCCAAGGAGCUGGUCAGUAAAUGGCAGAAACAAGUGAGAACCGAUUCUGUGAUAACGAACUUGCAACUUCAACUUUAUCAAUGGUCCAUCGAGGCAAUGAUGGCCACGUUAAUGGGCACCUCUUGGCACACUUACAAACCCGAGUUGUCUGAAAACUUCGAAGAACUGGCGACGAUGCUGCAGAAAAUAUUCGAAUACUCCGCUAGACUGGCCAUAAUCCCAGCCAAAGUGGCAAUGAACUUGCGACUUCCGGUCUGGAUGCGAUUCGUUGCAUGCGUGGACACCGCGUUCGAAAUCGUUCGAAACCUGGUGCUACGAAUGAUUCAACUAAGCGGCGAUGGGCUGCUGAAGAAGAUGCUGGACGAGGGGAUUCGAGAGGAGGACGCUAUCUGCGUUGUCACUGACUUUAUUCUAGCAGCUGGCGAUACAACAGCGACCACCUUGCAAUGGAUUCUGUUGUUAAUGAGCAAUCAUCCCGAGAGGCAGGAAGCUCUGUACGAGCACUUGAGAGAUCUUCCGCGAAAAGAACUGCACCGGGAUCCACAGCUGAAAAGCGUAAUCAAGGAGACUCUUAGGUUAUACCCUACCGCGCCGUUCAUCUCACGGUAUUUACCGGAAGACAACGUGAUUGGCAAUUACUUCGUGUCGAAAGGGGAACUAUUGGUGAUGUCGAUCUAUUCGAGCGGCCGCGACAGCAGGAAUUUCUCACGGCCGAACGAGUUCCUGCCGGAAAGAUGGAUCAGAACGGACGAGGGCACUUACCGCAGUCUACUGAACCCUCAUGCGAGCCUGCCGUUCGCUUUCGGCGCGAGAAGCUGCAUCGGCCGGAAACUGGCGGAAAUACAAAUGUCGCUCGGUUUGGCGGAGCUGGUGAGGUCGUUUAAGAUAGACUGUGUAAACAAGGAUCGAGUGCGAAUGAUUUUACAUUUAAUUUCUAUCCCGUCGGAGUCGAUGCGGUUGAGACUGACACGGAGAGAGUGAAGCAAACUAAGAUAAGGUACAACGGCAAGAAAUCUCCGCCUGCUUCCUGUUACAAUCUUUUAAAUUCGAACCCUUUACACGUAUAUACAGUAAUUAGAAUUUCAAUAUAUAUAUAUAU